GGCGUUUCGUACGUCGUCAAGAAACAAGGGAAUGGCCCGCAGGCGGAAGUGGGUGAGCUUGUGGCGAUUCGAUUCGCCGCCUACGUGAACGAUGGCCAGAACAAGCUGGACGAUAUUUUCGAUACGCCUGAGCCUUAUUACACACGAGUCGGUAGUGGUGGUCUCGUCAAGGGUGUGGAAGAAGUCUUGCCCAUGAUGCGUUUGGGAGAUCGUUGGGUGUUGACCAUUCCAGGUGAUAUGGCCUUUGGGAAAAAGGGACGUCCGUCCUCGGCGGGCAAACCGCGAAUUCCGGGAGACGCAGUCAUUACCUUUGAUUUGGAAAUGGUCGGUCUUCCGGGCAAGGAACAAGAGCUCAUUGAACUCAUUGGUGAUGAUUAA